UCAAAAAUGCAAGCGUUUUGCCAAAACUGCGAAGAGAGAGGCUUCCAACUUUUUAAGAACUGGAUAAGCAAAGAUUUAGUCUUCAAACCACAAAUCAAAAUAUCCAUCAAUCUUAAAGGAUGUUUCAGUAUGCCACGUUUCUCGUCAAGGAAACGAUUAGAUAUGACCUUUUUGCCAAAUUCCACAGAGAAUUUUACAAGGUUCGUAGUAGAAAUUAAACCAAAAAUGGACCAAGAUGUGUACGGUAUUUUGUUACUCACCAAGGAUCAGGAAUUUUUGGAUGAAAUAAUUUAUAAUACACUACUCAACAAAGAAUACGCAAACGCUUCAUCGCCCAGAAAACCAAUUGACCGACAAAGAUCACAGCGGUCUGAUCUAAGGACAACCAAAGGAAAAAGUUUUAUAGACAGGCAACCGACUGUUCCGGUUCGUCAAUUCAGCGAAGAUGAUUUCUUGUCAGAAAAAGGCAUUAUGGCUGUAGCAAAAUUGCUUAAUGCAGACAAAAUGUUUGAAACUGUUCUUAAUCUGGAUAUGAAACAAGUUCAGUAUGAUCAAAUUUGUGAAAAGUUUCCAUCGAGUAAUAGACAGGCUUUUUCAUUACUAAAAUCUGCACUCGAUCAGUUGAAGAAAAACAAAGUCGACAAGUUAACAUCCGCACUUGAAAGUGCCGAGGAAGGGGGAUUAUCUGAAAGUAUUCGUCAGAUCUUUGAAGAGCAAGGAGACCUGUCAAAAGUACAGAAGUAACAUGAACAAUUUAUUUGGAAGACUUUUUGAUUACUUACUGUUCUACAACUCUUCCAGCAUUCGAGUACAUUAUUGGGUUUUAUAAAUGUAGAUUUUAGCAUUCAGAUAUGACAAAUACUGAAAAAAUAUUUCCAACCCACCGAAAUAAUUAAGUGAAGAUUUCGUUUUCAAACUAUUUAGUUCAAUUGAGUGUAUGUAUUCUCAUAGGAACAAAUCAGAAAUAUUGCCGAAUCAUUAGAUCUAUUUGUUUUGAGGAAGGCAUGACCAUAGAGGAGAGAAAUUGAAUAUUUGAAUUAUGUCUUAUCUAUAAAUGUUUUGAGGAACAUUUCAUCAAAUUUAAAAUUAAGUUCUUGUCUAAAGGCUUAUCUGCUAUUGUAUAUUAGGAUACAA